AGUGUCCAGUCAUCGGCGGCCGUGUUGAGGCCCAGCUCCAGCAUGCGCUUCCAGUAUUGUUCGUGGCUUCUGGUAGUCUUCCCUCAGCUCAGUGUCGCAGAUGAUAAACUUCUCCAGUACAAGACUCACUACGCCGACGAAGUGCGAUCUCUCAGACGCUUUUAUUGUCGUUCAGAUGGAUCGAUCCCGACUGAAACCCUCCGGAUGAUUCCAUGUCAGAAUCAGCGUUUUUCCGAGGUGGAGAGACUCAUCAUUUCGAACAACGCCGAUCCGAGGUCUAAAAUUGCCUUGAGGUUCUACCCCGAGAGCCUCUACAGUCGAGAAGAAUUCGCUCGUCGUCGGCUCGGGUUCAUCCCGCAGAACUUGAAACCCAACAAGCUCGUCAUACCGAAGAAACCCUCGAAAAGAAGCGCCGACCAAUACCUGAAUUACGCGGAUCUCGGUUACGUCACUCCUGUGAAGGAUCAGGGCGAUUGCGGAGCCUGCUACAGCUUCUCGGCCAUGGCUGUCUUGGAGUCCGCGAUUUUAAGACACUACGGGGCGAAGAAAGAUUUCUCGGUGCAACAGGGACUGGAUUGUACGUUCCAUCGCUACGACCUCAUGAACUACGGCUGUCAAGGGGGUCAUCCAUUCUACGUACUCUUGCACGCGACUAGAUACGAGAUCGUCAAUGAGACCCAAUACGGAUACAGGAACCGUUUGGGGACGUGUCAAAUAAGCGAAAAAAAGCAAAUACUGGAUCUGACCGCUGCCGUCGUGUCGCUCGAUAAUUCCGACGAAGCACUGAAGCAAGUUCUGCGGGAGCUCGGACCCGUUUCCGUGGCGGUUGCCGUCGGGGAGUCGUCCUUUAAACACUAUGCGGGGGGCAUCAUCACCGAAUGUGGCAACGAACUGGAUCACGCCGUACUUCUUGUCGGUUACAAAGAUACGUCGGAAGAAUCGUAUUGGAUCAUCAAAAAUUCUUGGGGUUCGAAAUGGGGAGAAGGGGGUUUCGCGAGAAUCAAAAUGGGAUCAUCAUGCAACAUCGCGCUUGACAAUCCUAUAGGCGUUCUAGUUAAUGCCUACUGACAGCGUGUCUGAAAGGUGUUCCAGCCGGUAUUACCGAGAAAUCACUGAAAUAAUUCCGCCUGAUUCGGCCGUAGUUGAGUUUUCGCUCAAGCCGUUGACUACAUUAUAGAGAGACCAAUAAUUCAAAGCUCGAAUCAGCUCGUAAUUUCGUUUUUUUUAUCGAGGGAAA